GUCAAAUUUUGUUGUGAAAGUCGGUCAUUCGCUUUACCGUUAUUAGUAGUAUUUCAUUAUUUUGUGUAUUUUAUAUAUUAAAAUGUUGUAUUCAUUUAUUUUUUAAUAUUUAAUUACUAAAAUUAUCAUGUGUGCGAUUAAUGAAAAAGGUGGCACUUCGAAAACUAGCAACAAAUUAUGGUGGGUCACAUUUGGAGUGCUAUGUGGAGCCACUUUCUUAACGAGAUUCUACAAAGUUUUGGAACCUGACCAUGUAUGUUGGGACGAAACUCAUUUUGGCAAAAUGGCGAGUUGGUAUAUCAACAGAACAUUCUUCUUUGAUGUGCAUCCACCUCUGGGGAAGAUGCUGAUCGCGCUAUCAGGCAAGCUGACAGGCUACGAUGGAACAUUUCCGUUUGAGAAACCAGGGGACAAGUACGACGGCGCUAGAUACGAAGGAAUGAGAAUUUUUUGCACAACACUGGGCGCUCUAACCAUCCCGUUGACGUUUCUCACAAUAUGGGAGAUGACGAAAUCGCUAGAUUCGACUUUCAUAGGCACAAUGCUUUUACUAUGUGAUGUUGGGUUCUUAACCCUCAAUAGAUAUAUACUUCUGGAUCCCAUACUACUGUUCUUCAUGAGCUGCUCCAUUUAUGGAGCUUUUAAGGUACGGAGUAUAACAGACGAGGGCGUAGCGCCCUUCUCUCCGAUCAUGUUGUCAUGGCAACUGUUCUUGGGAGCUUCCCUGGCUUGCACCAUGUCCGUCAAGUUCGUCGGGCUGUUCGUCGUACUGUUCGUCGGACUCCGCACCGUGGCUGACUUGUGGAACGUGCUCGGAGACUUGAGCAAGCCUGUGAGUUUAACUAUGAAGCACUUGAUCGGACGAAGCAUAACUCUCAUCAUCUGGCCAACAAUGCUCUAUGUGUUUUUCUUCUGGAUACAUCUCACAGUGCUUAGUAAAAGCGGCAACGGAGACGGCUUCUACUCGUCGGGUUUCCAAGCUCGUCUUGAAGGCAACAGCCUCCACAACGCGAGUGCGCCCCGCGUGGUCGCGUACGGAGCGCUCAUAUCACUCAAGAACCACCGCACUGGGGGCGGGUACCUGCACUCGCACCACCAUCUCUACCCCCAGGGGGUGGGAGCACGCCAGCAGCAGAUAACAACGUACACGCACAAAGACGACAACAACAGAUGGCUGAUCAAGCCGUUCGACCGGGAGAGCGUGGCCGGGACCGUGGUGGUGCGCAGCGGCGACCUCGUGCGCCUCACGCACGCGCCCACUGGUCGCAACCUGCACACGCACAGGGAGAGGGCGCCGCUCACUCACAAGUUCAUGCAAGUCACUGGCUAUGGGGAGGACGGCAUUGGUGAUGCGAAUGACGUGUGGAAGAUAAUGAUAUCUGGUGCCAAGGACGGGGAAGAAGUUCAGACUGUUAGAAGCAAACUGAUGUUGGUGCACUACUUACAGGCCUGCGCGUUGACGACGACUGGUAAGCAGCUGCCCAAGUGGGGCUAUGAGCAGCAGGAAGUGGCCUGCAACCCCAACCUGCGAGACAAGAACGCCCUCUGGAACGUCGAGGAUAACAUCUACGAUGACUUACCAAAGAUGAGCUUUGAGGCUUACGCGUCGGGGUUCAUCGAGCGGUUCCUGGAGUCGCACGCGGUCAUGUUCCAGGGCAACGCGGGGCUCAAGCCCAAGGAGGGGGAGGUCACCUCGCAGCCCUGGCAGUGGCCCAUCAACUAUAGGGGCCAAUUCUUCUCAGGCAGUGCGCACAGGAUAUACCUGCUGGGUAACCCGGUGGUCUGGUGGGGCAACCUGGCGUUCCUUGUGGUCUUCUUCGUGAUAUACGUCGUCAACGCUGUCCGGGAGAAGCGGGCGGAGGCAUUCGGGAAUCCCAUUGAAGGAGGUGAAGACCGUGCCCUCCUGAACGCGGCCGGAUGGAGCUUCACCGGCUGGGCGCUGCACUACGUCCCGUUCUGGGCGAUGGGCCGCGUCCUCUACUUCCACCACUACUUUCCUGCGCUGCAGUUCAGCUCUAUGCUCACUGGUAUCCUAACAGAAUACCUACUGCGCAGUAUAAGAAGAUAUUUGUCCCCGGAACUGGGGCGCACGGUAUACCAAUGUGUGAUGGGUGUCGUAAUCUCCACUACUGUAUAUAGCUUCUAUCUGUUCUCUCCACUAGCGUACGGCAUGAGCGGGCCUUUAGCCCACGAGCCUAACUCCACUAUGACUGGCUUGAAGUGGCUCGAGUCUUGGGAGUUUUAAGCCAUUUUAAUCACUUUUUACUGAGCCACUGUGGUUCUGGGGCACUGCGGAUUUCUUCUCAAACGAGGGGCGCCGGUUCGAUCCCGGUACCGGACUUGCACCAAUGAGUUAUUAUAUUUUCUUUAAGUGCAGUUUUCACUAACACAAUUGGUUCGACCAUUAUAGACGGCGAUACGGCUCACCACCUAUCAUGUUGGUCUAACAGAAAGCUUGGUGAGGUGUGGUUACUUAUUUCAUCUUGCGAUUAAUGUACAUCUGACUACCCCAAUUGGGAUAUAGUCGUGAGCUUGUGUGUGUGUGUGUGUGUGAAUCACAAGAAUGUUAUGUUAUGAAUAUAAAUGAAUAAAGCAAAAUGAAAGACUUAAUACUUGCGAAGAUCUUGUUACGAGAACUAGUGUCAUACGUAAAAUUUAUCUGAAUUUUAAAUUAAAAAGAAGUAUUGUAAUAAAUCGAUUCCACAUAUUAUUUAUAAUAUUUAUUAAUUCUCAAUUAAAUUAGUGUAAGUCUCAAAAUCUGUUAAUAAUACUCAUAUUUUUAUUUUAGUUAUAAGUUUAAAAAAUCCGUCCAAUAAUAAAUAUAUUUUAAUAUAUUUUUUGUCAAUUAAUUAUACAAUUUUAUUCUUAUA